UCAGACGGAGCGAGCAGGAAAAGCCAAAAACCUCUCUCCUCACAUCACUCUCCCUGCUGCUUGCUGCCUCGUGCCUCCCCUCCACUCUCCACUGUCCACUCUCCCAGUCGGCCAGUCCCCACCAGCACCGCGCAACGCACAGAUCGCUCGCUCGCUCACGCCAAGGCCACCGUGCCGCGCCGAAUCCAAAUCGAGUCGAGCAAGCAAGCAAGGAGCGCACGCAUCUAGGCUAGGCGAGCAGCCGAGCAUCAAGGUAGGAGGAGGAGGAGGAGGAGGCGCCGCGGGCGGCGGUGGAAUGGGAGGGCCCCUCGGCGCGAUCAUCGGCCGCUACCCGUCGGCGGCCGGCGGCGACGAGCAGCUGGGAGGCGGCGCCAGCGGCGGCAUUAUACGCCACGACCGCAGGUGCCGCGACAUCGCCUUCCUCGUGCUCUUCGCCGCCUUCUGGGUCGCCAUGAUUGUCAACUCCAGCUUCGGCUUCAACCAGGGCAACCCGCUCAGGCUGACUUAUGAACUGGACUACAAAGGGAACAUCUGUGGCGACAAGCAUGGCAGCCCAAAUUUGCAGGAGCUGGAUGUUAGAUACUGGAUGAAUCCGAACCAAGUCUACCAAAGUGGACUCAAGGACAGCAAGGUUAACCUGGCUGAUGCCAAAGCCAUCUGCCUGAUGGAGUGCCCAAAUCCAGCUGUAGAUGGAUUGAACUUUAUUUGUGAUUAUCCAGAAGGGGACAUCCACCUCUCUGUUGAUGACUGGAUCAAUAGGGACUAUGACUAUUUUGAGUUUCUCACACCAGACAUGAGGAAUAGCUCACUUCAACUCCAGGGUCCAUGCUACCCUAUCAUAUUCCCAACUGUUAAUGUCUAUUGGAGCUGCCAAUUUAUUGCACGAGCAUCCAAUGUCUCUUUGAAGCACUGGCAUGAGAUGGGUGGUGUCAGCAUUGAUGAAAAUAUCCUCAUUGAUAAAACAGUGCACAAGGCCAUUGAUUCUAGAUCUGCUGUAUUAAAGAGAUAUAUUGCAGACAUUGGGAAGUCCUGGCCUGUGUUCAUCGUUUGUGGUGGAAUCCUCCCUGUUUUCCUGUCAGUGAUCUGGUUGCUUAUGAUUCGUUAUUUCGUUGCUGCUAUGACUUGGAUAACAGUAGUCCUCUUCAAUGCCCUUGUUAUAUCUGUAACGAUGUUCUUUUACAUCAAAGCUGGCUGGAUAGGCAAUGACCCCUUAACUGUUGUCAUUGGUGAAAGUGACCCAUAUGUUCACAUAAGUGGGCGGGAAAUAAGUCACCUUCAUACUGUUACAAUCCUAAUGACAGCAGUAAUGAUCAUUGCUUUCCUAUCCUCAAUAGCUAUUGUCCGCCGUAUACUGAUAGCAACACCUGUCUUAAAGGUUGCUGCAAAGGUCAUUGGUGAAGUUCAGGCACUGAUAGCUUUUCCACUUUUGCCGUGGCUGAUCCUUUCCAUCUUUUAUAUGUUCUGGUUUUCUGCUACACUCCAUCUCUUCAGCUCUGGUCAAGUUGUCCGAAAUGAUUGCAAUACUGAUUGUUGUUCGUAUGAUCUGAAGCUGGGGAAAGUAAAUUGUGACAACUGUUGUGGGUACAACAUCCAUUACACCCCUCAUAUCAGCAUUGCCAUUCUAUUCCACUUGUUUGGUUGCUACUGGGCGACUCAAUUCAUUCUCGCAUGCUCUUCAACUGUGGUUGCGGGAUCAGUUGCUUCGUACUACUGGGCACGUGGUGAAAUAUCACAUGAUAUACCAUUUCUUACUGUAGUCUCUUCACUGAAGCGACUGAUGCGCUACAGCCUUGGAUCUGUUGCUCUGGGUUCACUUCUUGUAUCUGUCGUUGAGUGGGUGCGGUUUAUACUAGAAUGCCUCCGUCGCAAGUUGAAGCUAGUUGAUUCUGCUCGAGAAAGCUGCUUUGGAAAAGCGACGUCUUCCUCUUCUGAAUGCUGCCUGGGUUGCAUAGACUGGACUCUAAAGUCAGUAAAUCGAAAUGCCUACAUUAUGAUUGCCAUUACUGGGAAAGGUUUCUUCAAAGCUUCAGUGCUCGCAACUGGAUUAAUAAUGAAGAACAUUCUGCGCAUUGGAAAAGUCAAUGUCAUUGGGGAUGUUAUCCUCUUCCUGGGAAAACUGUGUGUGAGCCUAUUCUGUGCGCUUUUUGCCUUUCUGAUGUUAGACACCCACAAGUACAAGUCUGCACACAACAAGAUAUCAUCUCCAGUUAUCCCUGUCCUGGUAACAUGGGCCCUCGGCUAUAUAGUCGCGAAGCUUUUCUUUGCGGUGGUUGAGAUGUCGAUCGACACCAUAAUCCUCUCGUUCUGCCAGGACGCCGAAGAGCACCAGGGGAAUGCACAGUAUGCGCCCCCUGCUUUGAUGGAAACUCUGGAUGAACAGGGCGAACUGCAGAGACUAACUCAAGGGCCUUGACUGUUGUUUCCUCCUGGGCAUCCCUUCUUGGUAUGGUAGCAUGGAAACUUAGCAGCAGGCUAAUCUUUUGUUACCCCGUUCCCUUGGCGUGUGAAGAGGUUUGCCAUUUUGCUUGCUACCCUACCAAAGUUUCUUCUACAAGUCUGAAUCUGACAUGUUUUCCUGGCCCAAUUGGCAUGUGUAGGCAGCUUAUCUAAUAUAUAUAUAUAUGUGUGUGCUAUUGCUGAUACAGCGUUAGUGAAGUAGGUUGGAAUCUAUAUGAGUGAGUGACUUCAUCAUCUA